CCUAUAGUAGAGACGACUUGAGUCAAAUAUAGCAUUUAUAAUGUAUUUAUUAAGUAUGACCCAUAGUAGAGACGACUUAGUCAAAUAUGGCACUACAAGGAAAUAUGAGAGGAACAUAAAACAAAAUUUUUAAUCUCAAUUCCUAUAAACCCAAGAUAAGGGUGGGUUACGAUUAGAUGUAUUUAAUUAAUAAAUUCAUACAAGGUUUAAUAAAUUUACUAUCGUUAAAGGCUUUUUUUACUUUAAUUUGUUCUUUCACAAAUCAAUUAAGCAUAAUGAUUGUAUGAACUCGUCCAUACGGAGGGCACUAAGGAUAAAGAAAAAUCAAUUGUUAGAUUGAUUUGAGAAUUAUAAAAAUUAGGUUUUUCUUUUAGGAUUAGGGUUCAAUAUAAAAUUUAAACCUUUUUCUUCAAUGAAUAGUAAUGGGCCAGAAAAAAACCUGGGAAAUUUGAUUAAAAUACGAUUUCAAAUUUGAAAUGAAUUAAAAAAUUACGAAAUUUAAAACUUUUUACUAAAUGACCAUCUCUUAAGCGAUGUAAGGUUAUUUAUAAGCUUCUCUCUUAAGCAAUAUGUUUAUAUCGUUUAAACAACAUUAAAAACUUCAUGUUUAUUUAAUUCAUUCCAAAAUUGAAAUAGUGUUUUAGUAAUCCACCCUACAGUAACCUAGAUUAAGUGUGUAAUUUAGACUCACUUUGAAACUUUCAACAAAAUAUGCUUGUGACUUUGACUUUUCUAAGGUAUGCACAAAUGGACCCAAACACCCUAAUCACUAAAAAAAAAAAAAAUAAUAAUAAUAAAUAAAUAACCUCUUUGUACUAUUUGACCUACACUUAAAAGAGGUUGAGUCCAAUUAGGGACAUAUAAAACAUUUACUAAUAACCUUUUAAGGGAUUGGUCUAACGGAUCAAAAAAAUUUAUUCUUUUCAUUGAUUUUUUUAGUUCGAACUACUUUUAAGUCAAUUCCUACAUUACUUAACAAAAAAAGACUUUGACUUUUCUCACCACAAAAUUUGGUGAGAAAGUAAUGGGACUCGCUUGAUAUUACGUAUUGUUGAUCAAAUCUUCAAACAUACUUGGAACACUAUAUACAUUUUGUAGAAAUUAACCCAUUAGUCAAUAUUCACGGAAGUCACUUGGAACGCAAAUUAUUCAGGUUUAGAAUUUAAUUUUUCGGCCACCAUGCUUUAAGGCCAAGCCUCAAGAAUAAGGCAGCUAGCCUACUUGAAAAAAUAUUUCUUCUUCAGCAGGAAGACUUCACAAGCAGACUUCUGUAAUUUAUACGUUUCGACUUGCAUCUUGCUGCUAGAAGAAGAUUGGUUAAUAGAUUCCUAGAGAUCUGCAGUUAAUUUACUUUGAAAGUAAACUCCCAUAUAUGGUGGAGAUUAAGGUUUGAACUCUUGAACGACUUGCAAGCUAUAUAAUAUUUAAUCCCAUUUCUAAUUUUCAAUUUAGCCAAAGAUUCUGCUGCCCAUGGCAUCCAUUGUACCAAAAAGAUACGGAAUCUAGGAGCCUGCAAGUUGGGUCACAUCUAGGACACACUAUAAAGUUAAAACCUAAAAAAUCAACAUUAAGAUUAAAAAGUAUCACUUUCAUUCCCAGCUGGGAUGGAAAUUUCUUGCAGAGUCUUAAUUUCUAGUUUUCCGCAGUCAGGGCCAAGCAUCACUCAUGUGCUGCUAGUUUUCUUUCCUUGAUUUAAGAUCUGGAAAUUUGCCAAGAAUCUCAUGGAAUCUCCCCUAGUUGGAAAACUGCAUUCAAUAUAAUAACAAGCUACUCCAUUGACUACAAAAUGAUACAUAUGCCAUCCUAGACUUCAACAAUUGUAAUCAUCCGACGGGAGCUUCCUGUGAUAACGGGUCUAUGCUAAAUUCUUUAUAGGAAUCUUGUACCAAGCAUUUUAAAUUUUGAACUCUAUAAAAUAAGCUCCUUGUUAUCUUACCUGUGAAGAGUUUGGAGCAAGACACCAAGCCUCAAAACCAAUAAUGGCAGCUGCUUCAGUUGUUCCGACGGCGUACCAGCAGGGCACCACUGCAGCCGUACCUGACUGGCUAAACAAGGGUGACAAUGCAUGGCAAAUGGUAUCUGCAGCUCUUGUUGGCAUGCAAGGCAUGCCGGGGCUGGUGAUACUUUAUGCAGGUCUUGUCAAGAGGAAAUGGGUUGUCAACUCAGCCUUCAUGGCACUCUAUGCCUUUGCUGCUGUUAUGCCUUGCUGGAUCCUCUGGGCAUACAAGAUGUCAUUUGGUAAUCAACUUCUGCCAUUCUGGGGCAAAGCUGGCCUUGCCGCUUCCCAGGACUUCCUGGUCCUCCAAGCUUUCCUCCCUGCAACAAAAUACAAAAACAUAACUCCAGCGAUUCAACCACUCUACCCCAUGGCUGUUGUGGUCUUCUUCCAAUAUGCCUUCGCAGCAGUAACUGUUGUGCUCCUUGCGGGGUCCGUUCUGGGUCGGAUGAGCAUAAAAGCUUGGGUAAUGUUUGUACCAUUGUGGAUCACUUUCUCUUACAGUGUUGUGGCAUUUAGCAUAUGGGGCGGAGGCUUCCUCUUCCAAUGGGGAAUCAUGGAUUAUGCAGGUGGUUAUGUUGUCCAUUUAGCAUCUGGAGCAGCAGGAUUCACAGCAGCUUACUGGGUAGGACCAAGAUUAAAGGAAGACCAGGAAGAAUUUCAGCCAAACAAUCUCCCACUGGCUUUGGCUGGAGCUGGAAUUCUUUGGAUGGGCUGGACUGGUUUCAAUGGAGGAGAUCCUUUCGCUGCCAAUGUAGAUUCCUCGCUUGCAGUUCUUAACACUCACAUCUGUGCCACCACCAGUCUCCUUGUGUGGAUUUGCUGGGAUGUUGUCUUCAAGAAACCCUCUGUAUACGGAGCCAUUCAGGGAAUGAUAACCGGGUUGGUUUGCAUCACACCUGCAGCAGGUCUUGUUCAGGGAUGGGCUGCACUGGUAAUGGGCAUAGCCUCAGGAAGCAUUCCUUGGUACACCAUGACGUGUUUGAGCAACAAGCUGCAAGUGCUGCAAAAGGUUGAUGACACCCUUGGUGUAUUACAUACCCAUGCUGUUGCUGGAAUCUUGGGUGGAGCUCUUACAGGACUCUUUGCCCAUCCAAGUCUCAGCAGCAUGUUCCUGGCGGUGCCCAACUCAAAAGGUGCCUUCUAUGGAAGCGGCGGUGGAAUGCAAUUUCUGAAGCAGUUGUUGGGAGCAUGCUUUGUAAUAGGUUGGAAUGUAGUUGUUACAUCCAUCAUUCUCCACGUAAUCAAAGUAAUAACACCCCUAAGAAUGACUGAAGAAGAGCUCAAAAUAGGGGACGCUGCAGUCCACGGAGAAGAAGCCUAUGCUACAGCUGGACAAGGACAGAGGGAAAGACCUACAUAUAAUAAUGGGAACAAUGGUGCUGUAGAGAUGUCUGGUCCCUUAGUUUGAUCUUAAUGAGAAGACACAUAAAAAGUAUCCUCAACAAUCAAAAAGA